CCCUCCCCGGGCUCCCCGCCCCUGCCCCGCAUUGGCUGCGGGCGGCUGACGGGCAGCCGGGGAGGCCCCUGUCAGCCGGCCUGGAGGGGCAUGCUUGCACUGGGGGUCCGGCCGCGCCGGGGAGCGGGGCCGAGCCGAACCGAGGGGUGCAGAGCCGAGCCUAAUCGAGCCGAGCCAGUGCCGCCAUGGGGGUGGAGAUCGAGACCAUCUCUCCGGGAGACGGACGGACGUUUCCAAAGAAGGGGCAGACGUGUGUAGUGCACUACACAGGAAUGCUACAGAAUGGGAAGAAGUUUGAUUCCUCCAGAGACAGAAACAAGCCUUUCAGGUUCAAGAUUGGCAGGCAAGAAGUCAUUAAAGGGUUUGAAGAAGGUGUUACACAGAUGAGCUUAGGACAGAGAGCGAAGCUGACCUGCACACCUGAGAUGGCCUAUGGAGCCACGGGCCACCCUGGCGUCAUCCCUCCCAACGCUACUCUCCUUUUUGACGUGGAGCUUCUCAGGUUAGAGUGAAUCUUCCCCAGGGAGUUGGCUGGAAACAUCUGUUAAUAACCAUCCGUUCGUUCUCGCUUUGCCAGCAGCGGGGGGGUCUUCACUGGGAUCCCAACCUUCCCCGCUCGAGCUGUGCUAUCAGUCGCGCCUGCCGUUCAGUUCUUACGCCUUCCUUCUCUUUUUUAACUUAGUGGUGUCCGUAUUUAGAAGCUUUUGCUUUGGGGAAACGUGUACCGUUGUAACAUUUUCAAGUUGUACAUUUUAUUUAAUUUGCAUGUAAGAAGAAUUCACAGUGAUGAUUGAAAAUAUAUAUAAAUAUAAAUAUAUAUAUAUUCCUUAUUGAAAAACCACUGCCUUACUGUACACUUAAACCAAGAAAAAAUAUAAAACACGAAAGGUGCUCAAAACCAAUCCAAUGUACGCUUUGUACAUGAAGGGGCAUUAGCCAAACAGAGUUACCUGCGCUGCCACUUUUCUCAACUUGUACGUUUUGCUUGCUGCUGUUUUAAAAAAAUACUGUCUCAUUUAAGAAUUAAAAGUAUAUAUAUAAACCAAUAAAAUCUUGAUACUUUACA